CUGAGAGUGCAGCGCGGGGGAAUCCUGGCCGCCGUAUCCCGCACCCGGACCCCGCGCCCGGCGUCCGCACCUGGACCGCGCACUCCGCACCCCGAACCCCGCACCCCGCGGCAUGGGCCGCCCCGCUUGAACGCCGCUCCCGACCCGCGUCCCCGGCCAGCGCGCGGCGAUGGCGAAGGCGACGUCCGGUGCCGUGGGGCUGCGGCUCCUGCUGUUGCUGCCGCUGCUCGGCGAAGCCCCUCUGGGCCUGUACUUCCCAAGGGAUGCCUACUGGGAGCGGCUGUACUUGGACCAGCCAGCUGGCACACCGCUGCUCUAUGUGCACGCCCUGCGUGACGCACCCGGGGAGGUGCCCAGCUUUCACCUGGGCCAGCACCUCUAUGGUGUCUACCACAAGCCGCUGCACAGAAAUGACUGGAUCCGUGUGGAGGAAACUGGCCUUCUCUACCUCAACCGCAGCCUGGACCUCGGCUCCUGGGAGCAGCUCAGCCUGCGAAACGGUGGCUUUCCCCUGCUGACCAUCUUCCUCCAUGUCUUCCUGUCAUCCCCACCCCUGCGUGAGGGCGAGUGCCACUGGCCAGGGUGUGCCCGAGUAUACUUCUCCUUCAUCAACGCCUCCUUCCCGGCCUGCAGCUCCCUUUCAUCCCGGGAGAUCUGCUUCCCAGAAAAUGGGCUAUCCUUCCGAAUCCGAGAGAACAGGCCACCUGGCACCUUCCACCAGUUCCGUCUGCUGCCCGUGCACUUCUUGUGCCCCAACAUCAGCGUGGUCUACAAGCUUCUGCAAGGAGGUGGUGACAGUGGUCCCUUUCGCUGCGCCCCGGACAGCUUGGAAGUGAGCACGCGCCGCACCCUGGACCGUGAGCGCCAGGAGCGUUUUGACCUGGUGGCUGUGUGCACGGUGAGGUCCGGCGCACGUGAGGAGGAGGUGGUGCGGGAGCCCUUCCCGAUCACUGUGUACGACGAGGACGACUCGGCGCCCAGCGUAGUAGCGGGAGCCUCAGACACAGCCAACGCGGAGGUGGCCUUCAGGCGCAAGGAGGGCACUGUAGUGGCUAUGCUACGGGUGUUUGACGCAGAUGUGGUACCGGCCUCAGCAGAGCUAGUCCGACGCUACACCGGCACCCUGCUGCCCGGGGAUCCCUGGGCCCAUCAGCAUUUCCGCCUGGAGCAUGCACCCAACGAGACCCGUGUGGUGGCUGAGGACGGCGGCACCGUGCGUGCCACUGUGCACGACUUUAAGCUGGUUCUUAACCAGAGCCUGCCCAUCUCAGAGAGCCGAACACUGCAGCUGGAUGUGCUGGUCAAUGACUCCACCUUCCAGGGCCCAGGCUCAGGCAUCCUCCUCCUCCACUUCAACGUGUCAGUGCUGCCUGUCCACCUACGCCUGCCCAGCACCUAUACCUUCUCUGUAAGCAGGCAGGCCCACCGUUACGCCCAGGUCGGCAAGGUCUGUGUGGAGCACUGCCAGGAGCUCAGCGGUAUCCAUGUCCAGUACAAGCUUCAGCCAUCCAGCGCCAACUGCAGCGCCUUGGGGGUGCUCAGUUCGGCCAAGGAUACCUCAGGGACCCUGUUCGUGAAUGACACAGAGGCUCUACGGCGGCCCGAGUGUGAUGAGCUGCAGUACACGGUGGUGGCCACCGACCUGGAGACCCACAUUCAGGCCCAGGCCAUGCUGAUGGUCACUGUGGAGAGGACAUAUGUGGCCGAGGCAGUGGGCUGCCCCCUGUCCUGUGCAGUCAGUAAGAGGCGUUCCGAGUGCGAGGAGUGCGGUGGCCUGGGGGCCCUGUCCGGCCGGUGCGAGUGGCGGCAGGGUGACGGCAAAGGGAUCUCCAGAAACUUCUCCACCUGCUCCCCCAGCACCAAGACCUGCCCCGAUGGCCACUGUGAUGUUGUGGAGAACCAGGACCCCCACAUCUGCCCCCAGGACUGCCUACGGGGCAGCAUCGUUGGCGGCCAUGAGCCAGGGGAGCGCCGGGGGAUCAGAGCUGGCUAUGGCACCUGCAGCUGCUUCCCAGAGGAAAGAAAGUGCUUCUGCGAGCCUGAGGACAGCCAGGGCCCGCUGUGUGACGACCUGUGCCGCAUAGUGAUCGUGGUGGCUGUGUUCUUCUCCUUCAUCGUCUCGGUGCUGCUGUCCUCCUUCUGCAUCUACCGCUAUCACAAGCACACACAUAAACCGCCUAUCGCGUCUGCAGAGAUGACCUUCUGCAGGCCUUCCCAGACCUUCCCGGUCAGCUACUCCUCAGCAGGGGCCCGCCGGCCCUCGCUGGACUCCAUGGAGAACCAGGUUUCUGUGGACACCGUCAAGAUCCAGGAGGACCCAAAGUGGGAAUUCCCACGCAAGGACUUGGUUCUUGGGAAGACGCUGGGAGAGGGCGAGUUUGGGAAGGUGGUAAAGGCCACAGCCUUCCGCUUGAAGGGCAGAGCUGGCUACACCACGGUGGCUGUGAAGAUGCUGAAAGAGAAUGCAUCCCAGAGCGAGCUUCGUGACCUGAUGUCUGAGUUCAACCUCCUGAAGCAGGUCAACCACCCGCAUGUUAUCAGGUUGUACGGGGCCUGCAGCCAGGAUGGACCACUCCUCCUCAUCGUGGAGUAUGCCAAGUAUGGGUCCCUGAGAGGUUUCCUCCGGGACAGCCGCAAGGUGGGGCCCGGCUAUGUGGGCAGUGGAGGUAGCCGCAACUCUGGUGCCCUGGAUCACCCAGAUGAGCGGGCGCUGACCAUGGGUGACCUCAUCUCCUUCGCAUGGCAGAUCUCCAGGGGUAUGCAGUAUCUGGCUGAGAUGAAGCUCGUGCACCGGGACCUGGCAGCCAGGAACAUCCUGGUGGCCGAAGGGCGGAAGAUGAAGAUCUCAGACUUUGGGCUGUCCCGCGACGUGUAUGAGGAAGACUCCUACGUGAAAAGGAGCAAGGGCCGGAUUCCUGUCAAGUGGAUGGCGAUCGAGUCCCUCUUCGACCACAUUUAUACCACACAGAGUGACGUGUGGUCCUUCGGGGUCCUACUGUGGGAGAUCGUGACCCUCGGGGGUAACCCAUACCCUGGGAUUCCUCCUGAGCGACUGUUCAACCUCCUAAAGACGGGCCACCGCAUGGACAGGCCAGACAACUGCAGCGAAGAGAUGUACCGACUCAUGUUGCAGUGCUGGAAGCAGGAGCCAGACAAGAGGCCUGUGUUUGCUGACAUCAGCAAAGACUUGGAGAAGAUGAUGGUCAAGAGCAGAGACUACCUGGACCUUGCAGCGUCUACCCCGUCAGACUCGCUGCUGUAUGACGACGGCCUCUCAGAGGAGGAGACGCCGCUGGUGGACUGCAGCAGUGCCCCCCUCCCUCGUGCCCUCCCCUCCACAUGGAUUGAAAACAAACUCUAUGGCAUGUCAGACCCGAGCUGGCCUGGAGAGAGUCCUGUACCACUCCCGAGAGCCGAUGGCACUAACACUGGGUUUCCGAGAUAUGCAAAUGAUAGUGUAUAUGCUAACUGGAUGGUUUCGCCCGCAGCGGCGAAGUUAACGGACACGUUUAAUAGUUAACAUUUCUGUGUGCAUGAGCGUGGACUCAGGAGGGGAAGAACGUGCCAAGAAUGGACAGUCUACCGGUCCUUGCUGUGCCUGUCACCCUGGCCAGGCCACACCCAGGUGGCAGACUCGUUCCUAGUAAUUGGUUGUAACUGGUUUCCAAAGUGGUUUCUUCCCUGAUGGCUGGUGGUGAUGUCCCUCCUAGCAGAUGUGGCCGCUGGGUGAGUGCUGAGUCUUGGCGCUAAGUUAUCCUUGCGCUUUCGCACCAGGCAGCCCCUCUUGUCCAUGGCCACUGGUGACUACCAUGUGCUCCCAGUCCCGUGUGGGCCUGCCACUUGCUACCUUGUACAAGAUAUUGUAUCUGAACUGUCUGAUUUUCCUAGUUGCCACUGAAACAGUGCAACAAGGUGAAACCGUGAAGCACACACACACACACACACACACACACACACACACACGGGCAGUAGGAAAACCCUGACCAGAGUAGACUGGCCUUACUCAAAAGAAGCCAGUGGGGCCUGAGUGGUGACAGCAAACCCCACCUCCACCCUGAAGCAGGAGGGGAAGGGGGUACCAGGACAGGCCUCAGCUCCAAAUUUGAAAUGCUAGGAAUGGUUUUUAAAAUCAUAUAGCCUUUUGUUAGGAAGACACUUUGCUUCUCCAUUAUUAAAGCGAUUCUUAGAUCUAGCACAAUGGAAAUCUGAUGCUGCCCUUGCUGUGUGCCCAGCAACCUUGGGGAGGAGAUCACGGACAGGUGCAGGCCUCAAGUGGCCGUGUGAGAGGACUAUGACCCUACCACCACAGCACAGAACACGGCGGCCUAGGUGCUCCAUCACACCACCACUGCCCUGCCACGUGCCCUGAGGAGAGCAGCACAGGCCUCAGCACUCAGACCAGGUGGGGCUGCGUGUGUGUUAGUAGGUCCCCUAGUGCUCUCUUCUGAAGGGACCGAUCUGCUAGUCAUGUUACAAGUGAUGUUGACAGUGCCACAGACCACUGCACCACACUGCAGCUCUGCCUGGGGAAGCCUCAGUGCAGCUCUUCCGGCUGGCAGACAGCAAGAUCUUUUGGUUUCCUCGAUUCUGACCAAGAUUCAGACGUAAGUUUCUUGUCACUGUGCACUCUGGUGGGGACACACCCUGCACCCCUGCAGCCGUGGGGGUGACUACAGGAGUCCAGAGCAGUCAUGCAGCAGGAAGGCGUUGCACCACCAGAACACUGCCUGGUUAUCAGAUAUCAGCACUGUGAGGGACUUCAGGUGGUCUCCAUAAACACUGCACCUGGUGGGCACUUCACAAGCAGCGAGUGAUGGCUGCUGUGUGGCAGGAAGGCCUGAAUGGGAGUGUGACAGCCCUGUGGUAGGUGUGUGUAGAAGCAUAUACACACAUCCAGAGAGAGCCAGACAUGCUCACAGGGAUGUGUGACACGGCUUUAGUUGGGGCCACUUUCCAGAUACACUGUGAUAAAUUUUGCAUUGCUAUAGUCAUGGCAAAGUCUUGAUUUUCAGAUGAGUUUCAUGAUAGUUUUAUUAAAUGCAGAACUAAAGAUAGUUAUUUAAGUGCCCACCCAAUACGUAUGAAUUUUAUAGCUGGUUUCUUCUCAUGGCUUGAGACCUCUGGGUCCAAACACUCAGCCAGGGUUGGGGAAUUAACACUUGCCUAGUAACCCGGCCAGCUGAGUUACAAAAGAACCCAUGCCGAGUAAUCCUGUCAGAAAAUGUUCACUCACAUAUAUGCAGGCAUUGCUAAGUAUUAAGUGUUGCCGAGUGUUAAGUAGCAAUCUGUCAGCUAUUAAAUGUGUGAAAUCCAUUAAGAAAGGUUAUUAAACUAUGCCAUGUUAAUUUGUUCUUGUAGUCAAGGUGACUA